CUAAAUUGAAUGGGUUCCCCAUAUUUUCGAAGAUUGAUUUUUCAGACGCAUAUCUCCAAGUGGAGGUCGAAGACGACUGUAGAUUUUUGCUGACAGUAAACACACAUCGAGGAUUGUUCCAAUAUAAUAGACUGCCUUUUGGUAUAAAAUGUGCCCCGGCAAUUUUCCAGCAAGUCAUGGACACUAUGUUAAACGAUAUUCCGUUUGCCAUGGCAUAUAUGGAUGAUAUUAUUAUUGCUAGUAGAAGUGAAAAAGAACACUAUGAUCAUUUACUAGAAGUCUUCGCUCGUAUUAGAGAGUAUGGUUUUCGUAUAAAAGUAGAAAAGUGUUCAUUUUUUAUGUUAAGUAUUCGAUAUUUGGGAACAAUUAUCGAUUCUCAGGGACGUAGACCUGAUCCUGAAAAAGUACAUGCCAUUGUGAAUAUGCCAGCUCCAUCUAAUGUUAAAAUGCUUCAGUCAUUUUUGGGAAUGAUUAACUAUUAUAGCCAUUUUGUGCCAAAUAUGCAUACCCUGCGUGCUCCAAUGAAUGCACUAUUAACUAAGAAUACCAAAUGGAACUGGAAUAAGGAAUGUCAAGUGUCCUUCGAAAAAGUGAAACAGAUCUUGGCUUCUGAUUUAUUGCUUACUCAUUAUGACCCAAAACUUGAGUUAGUAGUAGCGGCAGACGCAUCUGAUUAUGGCAUUGGAGCGGUGAUUCUUCAUAAAUUUCCUAAUGGGUCACAAAAAGCUAUUUUUCAUGCUUCACGCACUCUUACUGUGGCUGAAAAAAAUUACAGUCAAAUCGAGAAGGAGGCUUUAGCCCUAGUGUUUGCGGUCAGGAAGUUCCACAAGAUGUUAUACGGUAGGAAAUUUACAUUGCAAACUGAUCAUAGACCAUUGCUGGCUAUAUUUGGCUCUAAGAAAGGAAUACCCAUCCACGCUGCAAAUCGGCUGACUAGGUGGGCUACUAUGUUGCUUGGAUACGACUUCGAAUUACUGUACAAGCCGUCAGCUUGUAUGGGUCAUGCAGAUGGGUUGUCAAGGUUAAUUGCUAAUAACCGUAAGUUAGAGGAAGAUAGCGUGGUUGCUUCUAUAUCAAUUGAACCGGAAAUAAAACGAGUGUUCUGUGAUGCUAUUAGAAUCCUACCAGUAACGGCGGAAGCGGUUAAAGAAGCUACGGCUAGUGAUCCUCUACUUAAAAGAAUAAAAGGAGCUGUUUUAAAUGGUUGGAAAGAGGAUAAGGCUGAUCGAGAAUUCCACCAAUUUUUUCUGAGACGUGAGUCUAUAUCGAUUUAUGAUAAUUGUUUAAUGUUUGGCGAUCGUGUUGUUAUCCCUAAAUCUCUUCAGUUUUUUGUGCUUAGACAGUUUCACAUUGGUCAUCCGGGAAUGAACAGAAUGAAAGCAAUUAUGCGUAGUUAUGUCUAUUGGCCAUUCAUGGAUAAGGCUGUGGAAGAACACGUAUUGAGAUGUCGUCGAUGUGCCGAAGGUGCAAAAGAUCCACCGAAAGUAGAAUCCCAGCCAUGGCCAGAAACGAAAACGCCUUGGGUUCGACUACACGUCGAUUAUGCUGGACCAAUAUAUGGACACUAUUUUCUGGUGGUGGUAGAUUCAUACUCAAAAUGGCCUGAAAUUUAUGUUGUGCGAAGACCUUCUACGUCUGAAACACUGUUACAUCUCAGACAACUAUUUGGUAGGUUUGGGACACCUAAUGUUUUGGUUUCAGAUAACGGGACGCAGUUCACGUCGUCACAGUUUGCGGAGUUCUGUAAACAAAAUGGAAUCGAACACAUUAGAACUCCACCGUAUCACCCUCAGUCAAACGGACAAGCAGAAAAGUUUGUUGAUAUUUUGAAGCGAGCUCUCUUAAAGAUGGGAAGAGAAGAUAAUGUAGAAGAGGCUCUGCAACAGUUUCUAAUUUCUUAUAGAAUCACACCGAGUUCAAAUUGUCAAGACGGGAAAUCACCAGCCGAAAUAAUGUUUGGCCGACCAAUUAGAACAUUGUUGAAUGUUUUGAAUCCGAAAGACAAAGUGUAUGGACUACAAAAAAAUAAGGAAGGGAAUUAUCCGAAGAUUCGAGAGUUUAAAGUAGGUGACUUAGUUUAUGCACGUGACUUCCGGCCUGGAAAGCCGAGAUGGAUAUUUGGAUGUAUUAAAAAAAGACGUGGGACAGUAUUGUAUGAGGUUAUGGUUGAAAAUACACUAAUUAUCAGACAUAUCAAUCAACUGAGAGACAGAAGAAAUGUUUAUGAGUCACCUAAAGUCAAAUCUUUACCAAUCGAAGUAUUAUGUGAUACUUUUAAUAUCCCACCACCACCACCACCACAAGUUGAAAUGGAAAAAAAUGAACUGAAAUCAGAUGCCAGUCGAAAAUCAUCACGUGAACGAAAACAAACGAGAUUUUUUCAAAUAGACCCGAAAGCGAAGUCAUACGAUCAAACUUCGUGAGGGAGGUGUUGUGUGGGCGAGAACGAUCGUGAUUGGUUGUCUGCUUAGUCAGACAUGUAGACAGUCUGACAGGUGUCAGAUAAGUUAUAUAUUCUCUUACCCUUAUCAUUGUGACUCACUCAUUCUUAUUUACAUUAUUAUUGAUUGUUCAUUGUUGUGGAUUGUGUCGGGUUUUUGGGUGUGAAAUAUAUUACGUUCCGGUCAGUCUGAUCUCGUGUUCUUGAUCUGAGUUUUGUUGAAGUCCUGUAGGAUAGACACUGGGAGGGAUCUAGUGUAGAUAAUCGUUUAAGCGUUACAACAUCAGACGAG